GGGGCGGUGGCGGCUGCCCGCGCCCCUCCCCCGCGCGGCGCUCAGUGCCAGGCGGGAGGCGGCAGCGGUUGGAGGCUACGCGGAGCCUUGCAGCGCGGACUUCGGCGGCGGCGGUGAUAGUGAUAGCGGCAGCGGCAGCGCUUCAGGCACCUGGGCCCUGACACCAUGCGGCGAGUGGUACGGCAGAGCAAGUUUCGGCAUGUAUUUGGACAAGCAGUGAAAAAUGACCAGUGCUAUGAUGAUAUCCGGGUUUCUCGAGUGACCUGGGACAGUUCUUUUUGUGCUGUCAAUCCCAGAUUUGUUGCCAUAAUCAUAGAAGCGAGCGGAGGCGGAGCCUUCCUUGUACUCCCUCUGCACAAGACGGGUCGAAUUGACAAAUCCUACCCUACAGUAUGUGGCCACACAGGACCAGUGCUGGAUAUAGACUGGUGCCCGCACAAUGAUCAGGUCAUUGCUAGUGGUUCAGAAGACUGCACGGUUAUGGUAUGGCAGAUUCCAGAAAAUGGACUUACCCUUUCCCUGACUGAACCUGUGGUGAUCCUAGAAGGCCAUUCAAAGAGAGUCGGUAUUGUGGCCUGGCAUCCAACGGCACGCAACGUACUCCUUAGUGCAGGCUGUGAUAAUGCCAUCAUCAUCUGGAAUGUGGGGACAGGUGAAGCCCUUAUAAACUUGGAUGACAUGCAUUCAGACAUGAUUUACAAUGUGAGCUGGAACCGGAAUGGCAGUCUGAUCUGCACAGCUUCCAAAGACAAGAAAGUGAGAGUAAUUGAUCCCAGGAAACAAGAGAUUGUUGCCGAAAAGGAGAAAGCACAUGAAGGAGCUCGGCCCAUGAGGGCCAUCUUCCUGGCGGAUGGCAACGUCUUCACCACCGGCUUCAGCCGCAUGAGCGAGCGGCAGCUGGCGCUCUGGAACCCGAAAAAUAUGCAAGAACCAAUUGCUCUUCAUGAAAUGGACACAAGCAAUGGGGUGUUGCUACCUUUCUAUGAUCCCGACACUAGUAUCAUUUACUUAUGUGGAAAGGGUGACAGUAGCAUCCGCUAUUUUGAGAUCACGGAUGAAUCCCCAUAUGUCCACUACCUCAACACAUUCAGCAGCAAGGAGCCUCAGAGAGGGAUGGGUUACAUGCCCAAGCGGGGACUUGAUGUCAACAAAUGUGAGAUUGCCAGAUUUUUCAAGCUUCACGAGAGAAAGUGUGAGCCUAUUAUCAUGACUGUUCCCAGGAAGUCUGACCUUUUCCAAGAUGACCUGUAUCCUGACACAGCAGGGCCCGAAGCUGCCCUGGAGGCUGAAGAGUGGUUUGAGGGGAAGAAUGCUGAUCCAAUCCUCAUCUCUUUGAAGCAUGGAUACAUUCCAGGCAAAAACAGGGAUCUAAAAGUAGUCAAGAAGAACAUUCUAGACAGUAAGCCUGUUGCAAACAAGAAGUGUGACCUGAUCACCGUGCCCAAGAAAAGCACAGACACGGCCAGCGUGCAAAAUGAAGCAAAGUUGGAUGAAAUUUUAAAAGAAAUCAAAUCGAUUAAAGACACAAUCUGCAGUCAAGAUGAGCGUAUUUCCAAGUUAGAACAGCAGAUGGCGAAGAUAGCAGCCUGAAGGUCUCACCUCCACCCUCCAAAAUGGGAGCAAGAACUUGUGCUUGGUGGCUGGUGGUUGGCGUGGUCCUAGGGAGGGCGGAGAGGGAGGCACUGCCACUGGAGACAUUCCAUCCAGAUCUGUCAGCCAGCGAUAGGCCACAUUCCAGUAAGAGCUCAAUUCCUCUCCCAAAUUUUGCAAGAACAAAAGCUGAGCUUUUUAUCAGAAAGCUUUUUUGAUGUUUUAAGUGUUAUGUGACUUGAACUUUUAAAAGACAAAAGUGCUACUUUUAAAGUCCCAGAUAUCCUGAAUUUUAGAAAACAAACCAAUUCUGAUUCAGUGUCGUGCCCAAGAACCUUUUUUUUUAAUGACUAGGGACCAAUGCCACAUCGCUUUUUAUAUUUCUUUUCUUUUUUUAAAUGUUGCCAAAACCAAAAGUAGCUUGUUUUUCUUUGUAUUUUGCUACUUUGCAGUAUUCAUGUGUGGUUUUUUUUUUUUCUUAAUUUGAAAGGGACAGCACUGUGUAUGUUUAUAAACUAAAUGAAGAUAUUAUUUUGUAUAAACAUUCAUCUGAGAACAAUCAGAGCGGUGGCCACAUGGUGCUGGCUCGAGUGCAGCACACCCCUGGUCAUCGUAAUGACUGUACAAAAGGAAGACUUGAAAUCAUGUGGACCCACAUUACCACCCUCACUCCUGAGUCUUCUGAUCAAAAAAGCUCGAAUUGUCUCUCCUCCUUUCUUUCCUUUCUCUUUUCUAGAAAUUGGGUGGUUGUACCAGAAUGGAAUUUUGCUUGAUCCUGUGCUUCAGAUGAUUAUAAUCUAACCCAAACUAGCAUGUGUUUCUGCAGUUUUGUUACACACAGAAUCUGUCUGUCACAUUCAUCACUUUGAAACUCAUGGUCAGUACUUGACAAGGGUGCCCGGGACAGGAGGACCACACAUUGCUGAGUGUCCCUCCUGCCCAGCUCAGCAGUGUGCCUAGCUCUUGAGUGCAGUGGUAGGGCCUGCGCCAGGGAGCGUGGAGGGGGCCUUUGCCAGGUGGUCCUCUGUUUUCUGCUUGACCCUGCUGUCCCUGAGCUGUAUGGAGAAGCAGCAGCUCUGCUUACACCCAGAGCACCUGGCUCCCUCCUCUUCACGUCUGCUGUGACCGCUCAGGGCUCCCAGCCAGUCCCGCCUGUCUCCCUGCAGGUCAGCCCUAACCACACCCUUCAAGGCCAGGGUGCCAGUGGAUGUUGAGACUGAGGCGAGUGGGCUGGAAAGAAGCGGAAACGAGUGCAGGCCUCUGCUGUCACUCUGACUGAUGUGUCCAGUCGUGUCCCUUACGUACCCCACACAGACCAGCUCACAGACGCGCCAUGGACUCAAAGGGGCAGGAGCUGAGCACUGACCCCCUGCUCAUCCCUCCAUGAGUUGGGAGCCUGCCCUGUUUCCGCGUUCCCGGAUUGCAUUUGUGCAGAGCCAGACCGAAGGAGCCUCUGUGUGGAAAGGGCUGAGUGUCUGACUGCAUGUGAGCACACAGCGAGCUCCUUGGCAUGGGCGUGGGCUGGUGUGGCAGGAGUAAACCGGAAGCAGGACAGAGUGGGGCCUGGCAGCUGCCGGCAUCCGAGUGUCUCAGGUGGCUUUAUGUCUGUAUGUGUGUUUCUAAUACUGAAGGAGAUAGUAAGACACAACCAUCACAGUAAUUUAUAGUCAAACCUACGUUAUUUCCAUAUCAUGUUAUCUACUAAGGGCCUUCAUUUUGAAGAUCCAGAAAUGUGUUAAGGUUCUGAUACCAAAUUAGUGAACAGAAUCGCUGUGGAUGAUGAUGAAAUGCCCCAAGGAUUGUGGUUCAAAGCAAAGAGGGUGAGCAGGGAAAAGUUACCCCGACCUUAGCGUGCAGCUUCUGGUGUAUUUAAUGGAGGGAUGCCCAGCCAGGCUCACAGCAGGCACCUGAAGCAUUGUGGAUCAUCUUUCCUGUUUUGUCUUCGUCUUCUUUUUUUAAAAUGCCAUGAUACCCCAGAGGAGGACACUGAAUUACUCCUAGAUCUGCUCUUGUAGAGCAGCCAUAGUGUUCUGUCAAAAUACUUGCUUCCAUUUUCAGAGAUAAAGAUCAUUGAUUACAAA